AGAAAACUAUAACCACCUGCUCCUCCCAGAGCUACUAGUAGAGUGUGAGUGAGAAAAAAAAAUCUCUGCGGUGAGCUGAAAGAGAAUCAUGAAAGCCUCUACAUUCAGGCCUCAAUUCUCAUUACCCAUACAGACUAAUCUUAAAACUCCAACCACUACUAAAUUUCUUCAUCUACUUCCAUUUAAAACCAAAUCAUGUCUUUCAAACUCAUUUCCACCACAAAAACCAAAUCUUCUUGCAACAAGAAAAGCAACAAUAAUCAAGAAGCUUCAGAAUCCAGUACCUUCAAAAUCCACCACCUCAAAUGAUGAAAAUGGGUUAUCAAGGGUUGUUAUAUUGGGUGCAGUAACACUAGGGGUGGCAAUGCUAGUUGUUGGGAUGGAUGAUCAGAAUGCUUUGGCUUUGGGUCCAGAGGGACCUUUAAUGGAAGAAUUUUGGGAUAACAUGAGAAGAUAUAGUUUGUAUAUUGUAACAGUGAGUACUGGUGUUAUUUACACCAUAUUUACACCAAUAUUGGAGCUAUUAAAAAAUCCUGUCACUGCAAUUCUUAUUAUAACUAUCUUAGGUGGUAGUCUUUUCAUUGUAUCUCAAGUUAUUUCAGCCAUGGUUGGUACUUCAGAAUUUGUAUAUGAUUAUGGGUAUUAACUUAUAAAAACUACUAUAUGCAAAAUUUUGAUUAUUCAUGCAUAUACUUUUUUUUA